AUGACUAAUGGAAGUGCAUCUCCAACGAAGGGAAAGUUUACUGCAAUGUUGAUAUGUUGGAUUCUGGGAAUUGGGUCUGCUAUAUCAUGGAACAGUUUGAUGACAAUUGGAGAUUACUACUACAAGUUGUUCCCACGAUACCAUCCUGAAAGGGUUCUUACGAUUGUUUUACAACCAUUUGCGCUUGGAACAAUGGCUAUAUUAUUUUACAAGGAGGCAACGAUUAACACCCGAAAAAGAAACUUAAUCGGAUAUAUUCUUUUUUGUACGAGCACUCUUAUGCUCAUUGUGUUAGAUUUAGCGACAUCAGGCCGAGGAGGGAUAACACCUUACAUUGGCAUAUGUGCCAUUGUGGGUGCUUUUGGAGUUGCUAGUGCACUAGUUCAAGGUGGGAUGACUGGAGAUCUAUCUUUCAUGUGUCCGGAGUUUAUUCGUUCCUUUCUAGCUGGUUUGGCUGCAUCAGGGGUUUUAACAUCUGCUUUGAGGCUUGUGACAAAAGCUGUCUUUCGUAAAUCUAACGAUGGGGAACGCAAUGGUGCAAUGCUAUUCUUAGGAAUCACUACAUUUGUGGAGUUUCUAUGUACUCUCCUCUAUGCAUUCUUUUUCCCCAAACUACCAAUUGUGAAGUUCUAUCGCUCAAAGGCAGCCUUAGAAGGAUCACAAACUGUUUCUGCCGACCUAGCUGUUGUUGGGAUCCAAACAGAACAAAACGAAGAAGAUGGUGAUGAUACUCAGCAACAGGAGCGGUUGAGCAAUAAACAAUUAUUCUUCCAAAACAUAGAUUAUGCAUUGGAAGUGUUUCUAGGACACCUGGUGACAUUGUCAAUUUUCCCUGGUUUCUUGUUUGAAAACACCGGCAAACACCAGUUAGGAUCUUGGUACCCACUUGUUCUCAUAACAAUGUACAAUGUAUGGGAUAUGUUAUCUAGGUACAUUCCAAUUGUGAAAUGUCUGAGGCUAUCAAGGAGAGGUCUUAUGGUUGGAGUUCUAGCACAAUUUUUAUUAAUACCUGCAUUUUAUUUCACGGCAAAAUAUGGUGAUCAAGGAUGGAUGAUAUUGCUUACAUCAUUCCUAGGUGUAUCUAAUGGUUAUCUUACUGUUUGUAUAUUUACUGAUGCACCCAAAGGCUACAAGGGGCCGGAGCAAAAUGCCUUGGGUAAUAUGCUCACAUUGUGCCUUCUUUGUGGCAUAUUUGCAGGUGGGGCCCUUGGUUGGUUAUGGCUCAUUGGUAAUGAAAGCUUUUGA